GACACGGCCUGGCCAAUCAGAGCCCAUCGUAUCAUUACACCUUCUUUUCAGAAAUCAUUCAUAACGCCGAUGCGUCAAACACUCACAGAGCGACUGGCUAUAAAUACGGCUGCGCGCAACGCACAGUUAGACAUCUUCCCAAAAUCAACCGAAAGGCACAGAGCAGCAACCGUAGGCGCCUUUUUAUCUGUAAAUCCUCUCUGAACUGCUCUGCAUUUCACAAUCCAAUUUAUUACUCAGAUCAUGUUUUCUAUGCGUGGAUUGAGACACGUCGCGGUGGCAGCAGCCUUCUGCUCGCUGCUCGUCACGGUGGCGCUUGGGUCCCCGGUGGUGGGGUCAGAACCGAUCCGAUGCGCCCCAUGCACCCCUGAACGGCUGAGCCAGUGUCCGGCGGUUGCACCCGGCUGUGCCGAGGUUAUGCGGGAGCCAGGCUGCGGAUGCUGCCUUGCCUGCGCCUUAAAGGCGGGCGAUCUGUGCGGAAUAUACACAGCCCCGUGCGGCUCCGGACUGAAAUGCACACCGAGACCCGGCGACCCCCGGCCGCUGCAUUCCCUCACCCGUGGACAAGCCGUGUGCACAGAGAGCGCUUCACCGGCGCCCACUCAGGAGCCACAGAUCCAAGAUCCGCAAGAGCCUGACGCGGAGAUGGACAACUCAGCCAUCAUUAGUUCCAGCUAUCUUCCUGGUCUCCCCUUUGACCCGCGGGCUGUGACCGAGGCUCAGGAGAGUAUGAAAGCCAAAAUCAACGCCUUUCGCAAGAAACUUGUUGAGCAGGGUCCUUGUCAUCAGGAACUGCUGACUGCUUUGGACAAGAUUGCCAAAUCUCAAGAGAAACUAGGAGAGAAAAUCACCAGAUUCUACCUCCCUAACUGUGACAAACGUGGCCUUUACAAACCCAAGCAGUGUGAAUCCUCUCUAGAUGGACAGAGGGGUCGAUGUUGGUGUGUGAACACCUGGAACGGCAAGAAGCUUUUAGGUUCUACUAACCUACCCGAAGAUGCCGAAUGUCCUUAAAGAGAUUGGGGCUUAAGGCUGAUCUCACACAGAGAAAAGAAAAGAAGAAACAAAGAAGCAAGCCACUAUUUUUUUUUUCUUUUUUUUUUUUCGGUAGCUGUUUAUUUAUUGACCUUGUCCAUGGUGGUGUUUAAAUCAGGUACACUGUCAUUACGGGACUAUAGGUCCCAACCACCCUGACACCCCCUACCCCUGCCCCCCUCCUUUACAAACUCCCGUCCCAAAGACACAAAGAUAUCUAUUUUUGUUUUUCUGUAAGAGAAUUUAAUGUUGAUACAUUUACAUUCUGGACUAUAGCCUUAUUUAUUGUAUUGAUUUUUUUUAUUUUUCCAUAUUUGUAAUUAUUCAUGAGUAUUUAUAUCUUUUGCCUUAUUGUUAUUAUAUUAUUAUUAUUUUUAUGUGUGUAUAAAGUGUAUAUAUGUAUCUUGGCCUCCACAGCUCCACAGCUGAGUUGAGCUCGCUCUACCCUUAAGGAGCUGUCUGGAGGUUGGGUUUGAGAAAAACCAAGCAAGAACUAAAGCACUGAGUGACCAAAUCUCGUUUAGAAGUUUUUCUAAAUGGUCUUAUUCUUGUUCACCUUACUGCCAUUUUUAUUCUCUUUUAUUUUUAUAUUUUUAUUUUAUUUCCUGAUAUGAUACAUCAUUUUCAGUACGUCAAUGCAAAAGCUCUCUGUUGGGAAUCCUCUACACUCUCAGAAAUCAUUUCCCAUGAUUCCAUGGGGCCUCAGUUAGCGUGUUAGGUGGCAAUUUUCCUGCGCUGCCUCUCAGACGGGUAUCUCUACAUUAACCUACCUCCAAUAUUUAUGUGUCUGCUGUCAUUUUUGUUUUAAUGUGUCUGUCCUCUUUGACCACAUGACCACAAAGAAAGAGCUGCUUGUUCUGGCUCUGUAUACAUGCUGCUGUUGGAGAGAGAGAACUGUAUUGUAUGUGGAGCUAUUCCAAAGUGACUAACUCUGUAUGUAUACUUUUGUUACUGAGAUGUAAUGUGUAAGAAAAAAGUGAUAUAUUUAAUAAAAACA